UCGGGGUCUAGGCCAGCCGCAUGAACUGCGGGCGGCCCUUCUGGCCCCACCUUCUCUUGCCCUUCGGCCGGGGGCGUGGCGGCCGCGCUCCUGUCUCCCUGGGGGCCAGGGGCGGAUCGCCCGGGCUGGUUCGCCGGGCGCGUCCCGGGAGCGGGUGCCCGGGGCCGCUGAAGCUGCGGCCUUCCCUCGGAUGGGCUCCCCUCCGCUGCCCCUGCCCGCCUGCCCAUUCGCCAGGGCCGACUACUGGAAGUCACAACCAAAAAAAUUCUGUGAUUACUGCAAGUGCUGGAUCGCAGACAACAGGCCGAGUGUUGAAUUUCAUGAAAGAGGAAAGAAUCACAAAGAAAAUGUGGCAAAGAGGAUCAGUGAGAUUAAACAGAAAAGUUUGGAUAAGGCGAAGGAAGAAGAGAAGGCAUCAAAGGAGUUUGCUGCAAUGGAGGCAGCCGCCCUGAAGGCGUACCAAGAGGAUUUGAAGAGACUUGGCUUAGAGUCAGACAUUGCAGUGCCAAGCAUAUCACCAGUAACCAGCACUAUUCAGCCCACCCCUCCAUCAAGUCAGCUGAAAGAAAAGAAGAAGAAGAAGAAAAAGAAAGAACCCUCAAAGGGUAGAUGGCUAGAAGGCAUAACCUCUGAUGGUUACCACUACUAUUAUGAUCUCAUCACAGGAGCAUCUCAGUGGGAGAAACCAGAAGGAUUUCAAGGAAACUUAAAAAAGACUUCAUUGAAGGCCAUUUGGGUAGAGGGUUUAAGUGAAGAUGGUUACAGCUAUUACUAUAAUACAGAAACAGGAGAAUCCAAAUGGGAAAAACCUGAUGAUUUCAUUCCGCACACUGGAGAAAGUAAGGUUGAUGAACAGUCACCUGGUACCCUAGAAGAAUCCAAAUCAUCAGAUUCUCAUAGUGAUUCUGAUGGUGAACAGAAAGCAGAAGGAGAAGCCUCUACAGAGACAAAAAGGCUCAUAAUAAAAUUCAAGGAAAAAAGUAAAAAUACUGAGAAAAAAACUGAACCAGAAAUACAAAAAGAAAAAAGUAUCCCAAAACAGAAUUCAUCAAGUACAAAUGAAGAAAAAUCCAAAACUCUUAAAAAACCAAACCCUUAUGGGGAAUGGCAAGAAAUUAAACAAGAGGUUGAGACUCAUGAAGAGGUAGAUUUGGAACUUCCAAGUACUGAAAAUGAAUGUUUAUCAACUUCAGAAACUGAUGUUGGGGAAAUCAAAGUUGUGUUUAAAGAAAAAACAGUAUCUUCUCUGGGAGGUGCAGCAGAUGGAGCGGCCCCAGUCUUCAAAAAGAGAAGAAUUGAAAAUGGAAAAAGUAGAAAUUUAAGGCAACGAGGUGAUGAUCAGUAAUUGUAAAAUUUAGGUGUGUGUGCUUUGGACAGAAUGAGGACUCACCCCUUCAAAGCUUCUCUGUGUUUGUUUCUAAGUACUUCAGUGCUGAAAAUUUGCGUUUAUUCUAAAUGUAUUUUAUGUGACCUAAAAUAAAUCUUUCUUCAUGUGAAAUUUA